AUGCACCGCACACCUUCAUUUGGAAGAUCAAGCUUCCAACCAACCAUGGCAUCUGGAAAUGCAACUUUUCCUAUUCGGGCAUCAAAUGCAUUUCAUGUAACAAGUGGCUUCCCUAUUGAUACAUAUGGGACCCAUGGAUUUCCUGAAAGAAAUAAAAAGGUUUCAGUGCCAAAUUGGCUUAGAGAGGAAAUAAUUAAUAAGAAAGCAGUAAUUAGAACUUCAGCCACAGAGAUUUCCAGGCAGGAUACCCAAUCUAAUGAACUUGAAGUUAUGGAGGGAUCUCUUGGGAAAGGAGAUCAAGUGGAUGGAAAAAACAUUUCUACAGAAGAAGAGGAUGAUGAUGAGGUUCUAUUAUGCAAAUCCAUGAUAAUUUUGAUUCAUUGA